AUGGAGAGCUUCACGGAGUCGCUGAACAGGCUGAAGGAGACCCACGAGAAGGAGGUCCUGGGCCUGCAGAACAAGCUUCUGGAACUGAACUCAGAGAGGUGCCGGGACGCGCAGAGGCUGGAGGAGCUCUUCGCCAAGAACCACCAGCUCCGGGAGCAGCAGAAGGCGCUGAAGGAAAACCUGCGGGUGCUGGAGAACAGGCUGCGGGCUGGACUGUGCGACCGGUGCAUGGUCACCCAGGAGCUGGCCAGGAGGAAGCAGCACGAGUUCGAAAGCUCCCACCUGCAGAGCCUACAGCACAUCUUCAUCCUCACCGGCGAGAUGAACGGGCUGAAGGAGGAGAACGAGGCCUUGAAGGAGGAGGUCAAGCGGCUUCGGGGCCUGGAAGACAGGCCCAAGCCCUUGGCCAGGGAGCACACCUCGGACCCCCCCUCACCCCUGCGCCUCCCCUCCCCCGGCGCCUGGAAGGUCAUCGGCGAGAAGCCACCAGGAGGCCCCAAGGAGGCUGAGGAAGACCACCCGGGCGCAGGUCCAUGGGGCGAAGAGCGGCCGGCAGGACCCAGGACAUCUCCAGUGGCCAAAAUCUCCCCGGGCGCCAACCUGCCUGAGCCGCGGGCCCCAGACCUGAGCCCCCAGCGCAUCUCCAACCAGCUGCACGGGACCAUUGCCGUGCUGCGGCCUGGGUCCCGGGCCUGCCCGGCCGAGCGUGGCUCCAUCAAUGGGACGCCCCCGCCACCGCCCCCCAGAAGCAGCCCCCCCAGCCCGAUGUAUGAGCACAGCCUCCCCCUGGACAGCUUCCUGCGGGCCUCCCGGCCGUCCGCCGUGACCCCUGAGUCCCCUCGGGCCGAGCGCCGCUGCCUCCUGAACCACCACCUGUCCCUGCACCUUCGGAGCCCCCACAGCCGCCCCGUGGCCCCUGCUGCAGCCCCUGGCGGCCCCCUGAUCCAGGGCCUGAAGGCCAGAGAGGCAGAGGCCUGGGAGGAGCCCACAGGCCUGCUGGGUCUGCCCAGCGCCCUGGUGGGCACGCAGGACCAGCGGCUGGAAGGGGCGCUGCACCUGCUCCUGGCCCAGCAGCAGCUGCGGGCGAGGACGAGGGCGGGCAGUGCCAGGCCGGGCGGCCCACACGCGCCUGGGGACACGCAGCCCUCCCCAUCCGUCGGCUCAGACUCCGAAGGCCCCGAGAGCGAGGUGGCUGGGGCAGCUCCAGCCACAGCCACCCUGCCUGGAGGGCGGCACCCACAGCCCCCAGGCCCAGGCUGCCCCAGCAGGAAGGAGGCCACGGCCACACAGGACUACGCCCCAGACAAGCCCCUGGACCUCUCAGACCGGGGCCGCGGCCGGGACGCCCUCAAGCCAGCUGGCCAGCCCAGGUCCCUCAGCCCCAUGACUGCCCACACCCCGAGCCCCGAGCCGCCCACCCCGUCCGAAGCACUGACUCACAGCCCCCAGGCACUCAGCAAUGGCACCGAGGGGACCCGAGCACCAGAGCUGGAAGAGCCCCCGGCUCUCACAGACCCCUCACACCCACCCGCAGGGUCCCAGCCCAGCCUGCCCUCUCCAAGCGGGACAGAGGAUGAGGCCAGAGGAUGGCCUGACCCCGAGAGCCGCCCAGAGCCCAGCCAGGCCAGAGCACAGAGGCCGGAGCCAGACGCACUGGACGAGUCAGACUCCUCAGACAGCGAGGGGGACCCGAGCUCCGAGGCCGGUGCCAAUCCAAGCGUGCCAGGGGAGGGGCCCAGAUGCGUCUGCGCCCAGGAGCAUGGGCAGGGUCUGCCGCAGAAGAGGAAGCAGGACUCAGACCUGGGGGGCCAAGCCUCCAAGAAGCCAUCCCGAGGGAGAAGGAAACCGAGGGAGCCCCUGACCGCAUCUGUGGGGCCCGGGAGCCCGAGGGACGCCCAGGGCUGCAGCUCCUCCCCCCACAGCAGCAGCUGGGAGGAGACCUAG